GGGCUGUCAAGGACUGACAUUGUGCGUAGCCGUAACUCAAAGGACCUCGGGUACGUUCCAGACCGCAUUUCAGCAGUAUUAGUCGCUGUAGCACAGCGAUAACCAUUACGUUAAAGUUUAUACUCUUAUAGUGAAAAUGAGGCAUUAUACUAUUCCCAUCAGCUACAGUUUUGAAAGCGUAUUUAACAGUUUAAUGUGCAAGACGUACACAUAUAAUGCCGACUACCUGAAUUUAGCGAAGCAUUUGAAAACGUUAAAUCAACUACAUUAGCCGUUGACGAGUGUCUGGAACAGACCCUAAAUUCACGCCCACUGUCACGUGACAAGGAAAAACAAACGCGCGGCACUUAUUUACGUCGAUAGGCGAUGUUGUUUUUGUUUUGUACAUAUUACCGUUGUGAAUAUGGUUCAUGUUUAUAUUUGAUGCCAUUUUGUGGGUUUUACCGUUCUGCGCUUAAGUGGUCUGGUGUAAUAUAAUGCAAAGUAACACCAGAAAGCCAGAUCCAGUCAGACCUCGACCAAGCAGUGUCAGUUUUGGUGGUGAAAGAAAACCGGUCCGCAAAGUUCAUACGAGAAAGAUCCCUUACAGAGUUGGAUACUGCUGGAACAAAGGUGGAAGACUCAAGGAGCUGAGAAUAAGGCACUUGGCGAGAAAGUUCCUGAACAUAUGGAUGCGGAACACUUUUGGCCGACUUCUUCCUCAUGAAGCCAAGUGUCACUACAGCAGCGUGGUCUUGAGACGAGCCUUUGUAGGAUGGAGAGACGAGUGGUGGACAUCGAGGAGGGAGUGGAGCCUCACACUGCGGGCAGAGUGUCACCACAGGUAUUAUCUGUACAACUUGGUUUUCCAAAACUGGCAAAGUUUUAUGUCAUUGCAAAAGGAAAAAAAGAGCAAAGUCCAAGCUGCUCAAUCCUAUGCUGACGGGCAACGCAUGCGUCUGGUUUUGGAACGAUGGAAGGUUUUCACAGAAAUGAGAAGAAUAAAGAAUAGAAUGCUUGAAUCUGCCUUGAAGCACAGCAGACUUGCAACCCUACAUUCAGCGUGGAGAUUAUGGCGAGCGCGGCUGCAGCAGCAUCGGGACCUUCAAACUUUAGAGGAUCAAGCACUGAAACAGAGGGCGCUCACUUUACAGAGCCGGACUUGGCUUCAUUGGAAAGAAAUGCACACAGCUGCCUGUUGCCAGAAAAACAAAGAAUCCAAAGCUGCACUUCACUUCAUCCUCCUGCUGAAAAGAAGAACAUUGCAUCGUUGGAAAAGUUACGUGUCUUCCCAGCAAACCAAGAAAAAGUCACAAGCCGUGGCAGAGCGCGCCCGCCAUCUCCGCCUGGUGACGACGUGUUGGAGGAAGUGGAGCAGUGCGCUGCGUCGUAAGCGGCGCGAGGAGGACGGUUUGCAAGCCGCAGCGUAUUUGGCCGCACGGAUCACGCAGCGCAGAGCGCUGGAGCGCUGGAAAGCUCAUGUUACGUUGUGCAGAGAAGAAGCUGAAAGAAACAGGAUUGCAAGUCAGACUUAUCAUCGCCAACUGCUGCACGCCGGACUGCAGGGACUUCUUCUUCACGUCAGCAGGAGCAAAGCGCACCGACUGAACAGCAACAUGGCUGUCCAACAUUAUCAUCAAACCAUGACACGUAGCUAUUGGAGGCUGUGGCAGGACCGUUUGGAGGAGGCUGAAGACGAGAGUUUUCGACCCUUAAACGAUAUAGCAACGACUAACCACAGCACGUCUUUGUUGAGCAGAUGUUUUCGCCACUGGAGAGAGAAUCAGAGAAAACAGAGACACAUGAAGGAAUUGGAGCAUCGUGCAGACGUUUGGUUUGCUGAAGGCCUGUUGCCGAAGUGCUUCACCCUGUGGGCCGAGGUUACUUCACAGCAAAGACGCUUUAAACAGAUGAGACACAAGGCAGAGGUCUUCAACCGGCAGCGCAGACACACCUGCGUGUUUUACACCUGAUAAAUCAAAACAGAGGAACACAGGGAGCGGACGCUCUGCGAGCGCAUGGCCAUUCUGCACGAGGAGCGCUGCCGCCUGCGGGGAGCCUGGAGCCGCUGGAGGCGCCGGACGGAGCGGAGCAUCAACGACCGGGAGAAACGCCAAGCCUCAGACCGCCUCUACCUUCACGGGCUUCUCCACAAGACGAUGGCUCGGUGGAAGGACAACAGCUCCGAGAUGAGGGACAGGAGAAACCGAGAGCUGCAGGCCUGUCGUCAGGGUGACCUGCGCUGCGUGAGGAUAGCUGUUGAUAAAUGGAAAAAGUUUGUUCAGUGCCAGAGAAUGAAGAAAGGCAAGCUGAAACAGAUGCAGCGUUACCAUGAAGUUAAACUCCUCAAGCACGCGUUUGUGGCCUGGAAGAAACACCUCUUGGUGAUGCGUCAGAUCUACGGUCACGUGGAGGAACUUUACUGGCAACAUAAAUGGACACUUCUCAGGAAGGUGCUGUGUGUUUGGAGGGAGAACGCUGCGCUGCAGACAGAACUCCGGCUCAAGGAGCAGCGGGCACAGAAUCACUUUCAGCACAUCCUUCGACUGAAGGUGUUUCUUGCUUGGAGAGAAGCAACAGUGGGUGCAGUUUCUAAGCGACACCAGCAGAGGGAGGCAGUCAACAAGGCUCAGAGGGCCAUAAAUCGAGUUCGCUUGCUGCAGUCUUUCAGACGAUGGAAGGCGCAGAGCAGGAAGGCUCGGGGAGAGAGGAUGCGCAUGGAGAAGGCGAGGCAGCACCAUGGCUCCAAACUCCUUUCGAAAGCAGUAAAAGCUUGGAAAGACCAUCACAACCACAUUCGAAAAAACAAGGUAAUGAGGCGACAAGGGAUCCUUUUACUGAGAUUAAAGAUGUAUCAGAUGUACUUUGACCAGUGGAAAAUUAAGCUGCAGCGCAGACGGAGAGAAGCUAAGCAGACGGAGCGAGCGCUCUGGCACUGGUCCCUCACUCUUCAGGCCAAGGUGUUGCGUGGAUGGAUGCUGCAGGUCACAGAGCAGCGGAGGAAACAAGAGCAGGCGGCCCGAGCGGCUCAGGUCUACAGAGACCAGCUGCUGAGGGAGGGCGUGACGCGCAUCCUCACGUAUGCUGCUCACAUGAGCGAUCUCACCACCAGCCUGACGCAGCACAGCCAAGAGCAGAGGUCUCGGCGUCUCCACGGGGUGGUGAAGCGCUGCGCCAUGCGGUGGAAGAAGCGGGCGCUGUGCAAACCCAAAAGAGAGCAGGAAGUCAAAGGUCAAUCACCCAGAAAGAGCGUGACCUUCUGUUUGGCCUCAUGUGGAUCGAAGAGCGUUCCCCCGUCUGACCCCGAGGAGCAGGAAGCUGAAGAUGGAGUCCAGAGCGAGCUACAACUCAGCCGCGCGCCUCGGCGUCAGCCCCGACGCUGCGAGGAACUGUUUGAGCCUCGAGUGAAAAUAAACACCCAAAGUCAAACGACCCGCUGUGGCGCUGAAGCGGCUCCGAAGGCCCCGCUGGUCCGUGGUCCUUCGCAGGGAGACCGCCGUACAGCGACAGCCGGCCUCCGGCCUCCAUCCACGCGCCACGGCGCCUUCGCACCCAGCCCGUCUCCCUCUGAACCGAACACGUCCGCCGUGGGCUCUCCUCGGGAAAGCCAAGACGCUCUUUUACCACCUUCCGCUUUCAUGACCUCUGUGACCGACGAUGUGAUGGGGAAGACGCACAGCUCGUAUUUUGGAGAAGCUCCUCAUCCGUUCGUCCCUCCGUUUGAACAACGAUCUUCAGUGGAUUCAGGUGUUCGUCAGCGAGCCAGAUCCAGUAGAGGAAGUGCAGAAGAUGCAACUUCAGCGCUGACCGGAGAGCUGCUCAGAAUUCAGCUGGACAUGGUGACCUACCAACAGGACAGGAAGCAGCUCCGGGCAUGGCAAAGACUACAGGAGGUGUUACAAAGCUGGCUGCAGACCAGUGGAAAGGAAGAAGAAAUAGAAAAAAAUGCUGUGUGUCAAGAGUUGAAAGAGCUGGAGGAGCGCAUCGACGGCCUGUCGGCUGAACUGGCUGAACGGAAACCAGCAAUGUUGCUUCAUGCAAAGAGGAUCCAGCUGAUACAGAAAACAGAGGAGAUGGAAACUGAUUGUUCUGUAUUCACUGCUUAGAUGACAAAAUGUUCAACUGCUUUUUAAGAUUUUAGAAUAAACAUUUAUA